AUGACGGACGCCCUCAAAGCCGAAGGCAAUAAAGCGUUUACUGAGAAGAAAUUUGAAGAGGCAAUUGAGAAGUUCACCCAGGCCAUCGAAAUCGAACCACAGAACCAUGUUCUCUACUCCAAUAGAUCGGGUGCCUACGCUUCGAAAAAGGAAUUUGACCAAGCUUUGGAAGAUGCAAACAAGACCACGGAAAUAAAGCCUGACUGGGCCAAAGGGUGGACCCGCAAAGGCUCUGCGCUGCACGGUACAGGCGAUCUAGUUGGAGCCAACGAUGCUUUCGAGGAGGCAUUGAAGCUUGACGCUAACAACGCACAAGCCAAAUCAGGUCUCGCUGCCGUCAAGCGAGCCAUCGAUGCCGAAGCAAAUGCGGAUGAUGCAGGUGGUAUGGGCGGUGGCCUGGGCAACAUCUUCAACGACCCCCAGAUGUUUGCAAAACUCGCAAACAACGCCAAAACUCGCUCGUUCCUGGCAGAUCCUCAAUUCAUGCAGAAGCUUCAGCACUUAAAGCAAAAUCCAAAUGACAUUGGCGGUGCGAUGCAGGACCCGCGAUUCCUUCAGGUCAUGAGUGUACUAUUGGGGAUCGACAUGUCCAUGGGAGGUGCACCAGGCGAGGGGACUCCAGACUUUGGCGGCUCCAAAGAAGCGGAAGAGGACGUCGCUAUGCCAGAUGCACGCCCGUCAUCUGCCAAGCCAGCGAAGGCUCCGGAACCGGAGCCGGAGCCUGAGCCUGAAGACGAAGAAGCUGUUGCGGCAAUGAAGGCGAAGGAAGACGCCGAGGGUGAAAAGAAGCUGGGUACAGAGAACUACAAGAAACGACAGUUCGACGCCGCCAUCGAGCACUAUGACAAGGCUUGGGGGUUGCACAAGGAUAUCACGUAUCUCACCAAUAAGAGUGCGGCACAAUUUGAGAAAGGAGAUUAUGAAAACGCUAUUGCGACCUGCAAGCAAGCUAUUGAAGAAGGUCGCGAAGUCCUCACAGACUUCAAGAUCAUCGCCAAGGCAUUCGGCCGUAUCGGCACUUCAUACGAGAAGAUGGGCGACCUUCCACAAGCUAUCACCAACUACCAGAAGUGCCUGACAGAGCAUCGUACACCUGACAUCCUUAACAAGCUUCGCGCCGCUGAGAAGGCUCAGAUCAAAGCAGAGAAGGACGCCUACAUUAACCCCGAAGAAGCUGAGAAGGCGAGAGAGCUUGGUGGCCAAAAGUUCAAAGAAGCUGACUGGCCUGGAGCAGUCGAAGCGUACACAGAAAUGACCAAGCGAGCCCCUGACGAUCCUCGAGGCUAUUCCAACCGUGCGGCGGCCUUGAUCAAACUGAUGACAUUCCCUAGCGCCGUUGGCGAUUGCGACAUAGCAAUCCAGAAAGAUCGUAAAUUUAUCAGAGCAUAUCUGAGGAAAGCGCAAGCUUACUUCGCCAUGAAGGAGUACAGCAAGUGUACGGAUGUGUGCACAGAAGCAAUGGAACAGGAUGAUGGUAGCAACCGUCGGGAGAUCGAACAACAACAGCAACGAGCAAUUCAGGCUCAGUUCGCGGGACGUGCUGGGGAGACGGAGGAGCAGACCAUGGAGAGAAUUCAGAAGGAUCCGGAGAUCAUGGGCAUACUACAAGACCCUAUCAUGCAGAGUAUUCUUCAGCAAGCAAAAGGAGACCCUGCUGCGCUUCAGGAUCACAUGAAGAACCCAGACAUCGCCAAAAAGGUGCAGAAACUGGUGGCGGCUGGAGUCAUCAAAACUCGCUGA